AUGUACGUCAAGCAAAUCAUUAUCCAGGGCUUUAAGAGCUACAAGGAUCAAACGGUCAUCGAGCCCUUUUCUCCAAAACACAAUGUCAUUGUUGGUCGCAAUGGCUCUGGCAAGAGUAACUUCUUCGCGGCCAUUCGCUUCGUUCUCGGCGAUGCCUACACUCACAUGGGCCGGGAGGAACGCCAGGCUCUCUUACACGAAGGUUCGGGUUCCGCUGUGAUGUCGGCAUACGUUGAGAUUAUCUUCGAUAACUCCGAUGAUCGGUUCCCUACUGGUAAACCCGAAGUCGUGCUCCGUCGUACUAUUGGCAUGAAGAAAGACGAAUAUACGCUGGAUCGUAAGAAUGCCACCAAGAACGAUGUGAUGAAUCUGCUCGAGUCCGCUGGUUUCUCGCGGUCGAACCCUUACUAUAUUGUCCCCCAGGGUCGAGUGACGGCCUUGACCAAUAUGAAAGAUUCGGAGCGACUGAAUUUGCUGAAGGAAGUGGCUGGAACACAGGUCUACGAAGCGCGUCGUGCAGAGUCUCUCAAGAUUAUGCACGAAACAAACAAUAAGCGGACCAAGAUUGACGAACUCCUGGAUUUUAUUAACGAGCGUCUCGCGGAACUAGAGGAGGAGAAGGACGAGCUGAGGAAUUUCCAAGACAAAGAUAAAGAGAGGCGCUGCUUAGAGUACACGAUUUACUCCCGCGAACAACAAGAGAUCGCCAGCUACCUUGACAGUCUGGAAGAGCAGAGGCAGACUGGCGUUGAGGACACUGACCUGAACCGUGACCGUUUCAUUCAAGGCGAGAAGGAAAUGGCGCAGAUUGACGCCGAAAUCGCCGAGUGCAAGCAACAAAUCGAGUUCCUCAAGGUAGACAAAUCGCAGUUGGAAGACGAGCGCCGUGAAGCAUCCAAGGCGCUGGCGCAGGUUGAGCUGCAGGCCAAAUCGCUCACCGAUAACCAAGCAACUGCUCAAGCCCAAAAGUCCCGUCAUGACGAAGAGUUGAAGUCGGUUGAGGCUGCUAUACAAGAGCGCGAGGCGGAAUUACAGCAACUCAUCCCAAGUUUCAAUUCUGCAAAAGACCAGGAGGAUGCCGUCAAGGCACAGUUGACCGAGGCAGAGACCUCCCGCCAGAGAUUGUAUGCCAAACAGAGCCGGAAUUCCCGCUUUAGGAACAAGUCCGAGCGAGAUAAGUGGCUGCAGGCUGAGAUUAAGGACAACUACACGUCCAUAUCCACGGUACAAGGAGUGAUGGCCCAGACUCAGGAAGAUAUCAAAGAGCUUGAAAACGACAUUGCUCUCCUAGAACCGGAAACAGAACUCUUGCGAAAGCAGAUUGAUGGUCGAGGAGACACCAUUCAGUCUGUGGAACAACAAGUCCAAGCGGCGAAGGAUGAGAGGGAUCGCCUUAUGGACCAGCGAAAGGAACUGUGGAGAGAAGAAGCAAAGUUGGAUUCGAUUCUCGUGAACGCUUCAAACGAAGUAGACCGCGCAGAUCGCUCUCUAUCUCAGAUGAUGGAUCAUAACACUAGCCGUGGUAUUGCAGCCGUUCGCAGAAUCAAGCGUCAAUACAACCUUGAAGGUGUUUACGGCACACUUGCAGAACUCUUUGAUGUCAACGACCGGUACCGAACAGCUGUCGAGGUCACGGCGGGUCAGAGUCUGUUCCACUAUGUGGUCGACUCGGACGAGACUGCCACCAAGGUGUUGGAGAUCCUGCAACAAGAAAAGGCUGGAAGAGUCACGUUCAUGCCCCUGAACAGGCUAAGGUCAAGGCCUACCAACAUGCCCAGGGCUAGCGACACAAUACCAAUGAUCGAGAAGCUCCAGUACGAUCGGGCAUAUGAGAAAGCAUUUGUUCAUGUAUUCGGUAAAACUAUCAUCUGUCCGAAUUUGCAAGUUGCCGCACAGUAUGCCCGAAGCCAUGGUGUGAACGCUAUCACUCCCGAGGGUGACCGUUCAGACAAGCGGGGUGCCCUUACUGGUGGUUUCCACGAUUCGCGCCAGUCCCGUCUCGAUGCAGUUAAGAACCUGGCCAAGUGGAGAGAUGAAGUUGAAACCAAAAAGAGCCGCGGUAAUGAAAUUCGAAAGGAACUUGAACACUUGGACCAACUCAUCACGAGAGCUGUAGAACAGCAGUGGUCCAAUGCGGCAAGAGCUGCGGAGCAGCGUGACCUUAUCCAGAAGAAAAACGAUAAUCUUGAGGCUAAGCGAAGGGCUCUGCGCAAUAUUGAAACCAACUUGGCUGCUGUGACAGAUCAAGUCGGUGCCUUCGAGGCAGAACUUAAGUCGCCAUUCCAGAAGGCACUUACAAAUGAAGAAGAAGCACGCCUGGAAAGUCUCAGCGCUACCGCUCAAGACCUUCGACGGCAGUAUCAAGAACUCUCCAGCCAACGCAGUGAACUGGAGGCCCGCAAGUCUGUCCUAGAGGUUGAGCUUCGGGAGAAUCUCCACCCUCGUCUUGAUCAGCUGGUGGGCCAGGAUAUUGAUAUGGCUGAUGAUGGCAGUCAGGGUAACCUGAAGGAGACCCAGCGCGAGAUGAAACGUCUCAACAAGGCGCUCGAAAAACUCGGCCAACGUCUCCAACAAGUGGAUGAGUCCAUUGAACAAGCCAAUGCUCGCAUGGCUGAGCUUGGACAAAGAAAUGCAGAGACCCGGCGGGAGCUGGACGAACUGGCCAAGUCCAUUGAGAAGCACCAACGACGGAUGGAGAAGAGCAUGCAGAAGAAGGCUGCCCUAACCAAGCAGGCCGCCGAAUGUGCAGCAAACAUUCGUGACCUGGGUGUCCUUCCUGAUGAAGCUUUCACCAAGUACAAGAAUAUGGACUCCAAUGCCGUUGUCAAGAAGCUCCACAAAGUUAACGAGGGCCUCAAGAAGUACUCACAUGUCAACAAGAAAGCGUUCGAGCAGUACAACAAUUUCACGAAGCAGCGUGAGACUCUCACUACUCGAAGAGAAGAGCUUGAUGCCUCCCAGAAAUCGAUCGAUGAUCUUAUUAACGUACUCGAUCAGAGAAAGGAUGAAGCCAUUGAACGGACCUUCAAGCAAGUUUCCCGCGAGUUCCAUAAUGUGUUCGAAAAGCUUGUGCCUGCGGGUCGUGGUCGUUUGAUCAUUCAGCGCAAGACCGACCGCGCCAUGCGGCAGGCAGACGAGAUCGAUUCCGAGGACGAAGAAGCCCAGAAUAGCGUGGAGAAUUACGUCGGUGUUGGAAUCAGUGUCAGCUUCAACAGUAAACAUGAUGAACAACAGCGUAUACAGCAGCUCAGUGGUGGCCAGAAGAGUCUUUGCGCCCUUGCGUUGGUCUUCGCUAUCCAGGCUUGCGACCCAGCCCCGUUCUAUCUGUUCGAUGAGAUCGAUGCCAACCUCGACGCCCAGUACCGUACUGCAGUUGCUCAAAUGCUCCAGUCGAUCUCGGACUCCACGAAUGGACAAUUCAUUUGUACCACUUUCCGGCCCGAGAUGCUGCAUGUGGCCGAGAAGUGUUACGGUGUCAGCUUCCGGCAGAAGGCUAGUACGAUCGACGUAGUGUCGAGAGAGGAGGCAUUGAAGUUCGUUGAAGAGCAGAAGUCAUGA